AUGGAUCCCAACGGCCUCUCGGAUCCCUACGUGAAGCUGAAGCUGAUCCCCGACCCCAAGAACCUCUCCAAGCAGAAGACCGAAUCUGCACACAAACCCUCGUGCAAACCCUCAUGCAAACCCUCGUGCAAACCCUUGUGUGAAUCUGCAUGCAAACCCUCGUGCAAACCCUCGUGCGAAUCUGCACACAAACCCUCGUGCAAACCCUCAUGCAAACCCUCGUGCAAACCCUUGUGUGAAUCUGCAUGCAAACCCUCGUGCAAACCCUCGUGCGAAUCUGCACACAAACCCUCGUGCAAACCCUCAUGCAAACCCUCGUGCAAACCCUUGUGUGAAUCUGCAUGCAAACCCUCGUGCAAACCCUCGUGCGAAUCUCCCUUGUGCAAACCCUCGUGCGAAUCCGCAUGCAAACCCUCACGCAAACCCUCAUGUGAACCCUCACGCGAACCCUCGUGCAAACCCUUGUGCAAACCCGCGUGUCAAUUUGCAUGCACACCCUCAUGCAAAUCCUCAUGCAGGUCGUCGUGCAAACCGCCGUGUGAAUCCUCAUGCGAGCCCUCGUGCAAAUCCUUGUGCAACCCCUCGUGCAAACCCUCAUGCAAAUCCUCGUGCAAACCCUCACGCAAAUCCUCUUGUGAGCCCUCGUGCAAAGCCUCGUGUGAAUCCUCGUGUGAACCCUUGUGCAAAUCCAUGUGA